GGCUCGGCUCGGCUCGGCUGGAAGGAAGGGAGGGAGGGAGGGGCGCGCAGCCCCCCGCCCCGAGCGGCGGCCCCGGGCCGCGGCCCCCCGUUGCGGUCGGAGAGGCGUGCAGCACCGGGCCCUGCGAUGCCGUUUGGCUGCGUGACGCUGGGAGACAAGAAAGAUUAUAACCAGCCGUCCGAGGUGACCGACAGAUAUGACCUGGGCCAGGUCAUCAAAACGGAGGAGUUCUGUGAAAUCUUCCGGGCCAAGGAGAAGACGACGGGGAAGCUGUACACCUGCAAGAAGUUUUUGAAGCGGGACGGGCGGAAAGUGCGGAAGGCGGCCAAAAACGAGAUCAUCAUCCUCAAAAUGGUGAAGCACCCCAACAUCCUGCAGCUGGUGGAUGUCUACAUCACCCGCAAGGAGUAUUUCAUCUUCCUGGAGCUGGCCACCGGCCGGGAGGUCUUCGACUGGAUCCUGGACCAGGGCUACUACUCAGAGAGGGACACCAGCAACGUCAUCCGGCAGGUGCUGGAGGCCGUCGCCUACCUGCACUCGCUCAAGAUCGUCCACAGGAACCUCAAGCUGGAGAACCUGGUGUACUAUAACCGCCUGAAGAACUCCAAGAUCGUCAUCAGUGACUUCCACCUGGCCAAGCUGGAGAACGGGCUCAUCAAGGAGCCCUGCGGCACCCCCGAGUACCUGGCUCCGGAGGUGGUGGGGCGGCAGCGGUACGGGCGGCCGGUGGACUGCUGGGCCAUCGGCGUCAUCAUGUACAUCCUCCUCUCGGGGAACCCCCCUUUCUACGAGGAGGCGGACGAGGACGAUUACGAGAACCACGACAAGAACCUCUUCCGCAAAAUCCUGGCCGGCGACUACGAGUUCGACCCGCCGUACUGGGACGACAUCUCGCAGGCGGCCAAGGAGCUGGUGACGCGCCUGAUGGAGGUGGAGCAGGACCAGCGGAUCACGGCGGAGGAAGCCAUCUCCCACGAGUGGAUCUCCGGCAACGCCGCCUCCGACAAGAACAUCAAGGACGGUGUCUGCGCCCAGAUCGAGAAGAACUUUGCCCGGGCCAAGUGGAAGAAAGCCGUGCGAGUGACCACGCUCAUGAAACGCCUGCGAGCACCCGAGCAGACGGAGACGGCCCCAGCACCGGCCACCGCCACCGCUGCCGCCACCGCCGCCGCCGCCACGGACACUGCGGCCCCCGCGACCCCCGGCACGCCGCCCGCCGCCACGUGUAACGGGGACGGGGCUGCCACCGCCGCCGCCGCCACCGCCGAGGCCCCCGGCGAGCAGACCGGCUGAGCGGCAGUGGCCCCCGCGCCCCCCCCCCUCUGUACAUAGCCCCCGGCAUGGUCCCCCCUGCGCCCCUGCCUGCGCCCCAUUUUCUACGUGCCCCGACGGAGAGCCGGCCGCGGGGCAGAGCCCUGCAUGGAGCCCGUCCUCCCCGGCCCCCCCCGGCCCCUCCUGGCCCCCCUCGGUGGCUUUGCCGGUCGGUCUGUCCCCCCCUCGCUCUCUCAGUCUGUCCCCCGCCGCCGUCCCCCCCCCCCCGUCCCCCCGGGGAUGCCCAGAGAUACGGGGCAGCCCACCGCGGCCGCACGCCCCGCGGGGCCGGGGGGGUGUCACACGGGGCCCCCCGGGACACGCGUGCAUGUGCGGGACCACAGGUGGGGCCGCGUGGGACGGAGGGGGGGCCCCAGCGGGCAGAGCACCUGGCACCCCCUCUCCAUCCCAGGGCCCCGGAGGGGGCGCGUUGCAGGGGGGGUGAGGGAGCAUGGGGCCCCCCCCACACAUUGUGUCUGGAGGAUCCCAAAUGGCCCCCCCUCGUGCCUUCCCCCCCCCCCCCGGUCCCCGCUUCGCUCCCUCGCAGCUGCAUGCCUGCAGGGCCGGCUCUGCCUGCGGCUGCCGCCAGCGCCCCGCGUGCCCGUGCCCCCCCCCCCCCGUGCCCCCCACGCUGUAUCUCUGGCAAAUAAAGACCCCGCUGAGGACAAACUGAGACAGCA